CGUCAUCUUUGGGCUGGACCAGACUGGUAGCAAGCUUGGGAACUACAUUGUUGACGUUUCAGUUUUAUUUUCAUUGUACUGUGUUAUACUAGAUCACAUCGACAACAGUUCGUUCCUGUGCUUAGUGCACGAUAUUUUUGCAAUUUCGCUGACGGAGCCAGCAGUCUGCAAAAAUGAAAUGGAUGUUCAAAGAGGACCAUUCCUUGGAGCACCGGUGUGUGGAGUCUGCCAAAAUCCGCAACAAAUACCCCGACAGAGUUCCGGUCAUUGUAGAAAAGGUCUCUGGCUCACAGAUCGUAGAUAUUGAUAAGCGGAAGUACCUUGUACCAUCGGACAUCACAGUGGCUCAGUUCAUGUGGAUCAUCAGGAAGCGCAUCCAGUUGCCUUCGGAGAAAGCUAUCUUCCUCUUCGUUGACAAAACAGUCCCACAGUCCAGCCUGACAAUGGGACAGCUCUACGAGAAAGAGAAGGAUGAGGAUGGGUUUUUGUACGUGGCCUACAGUGGAGAGAAUACAUUUGGAUCAUAAAGGCCUUCGCUUCAAGAUGCUCACUCACUUUUCAACACACACACACAAACCCAUCCCAUGGCACCCCCACACACACUGUCCCACCCCUCCACAUCAUCCUUCAUGAUCUCUGCUGGAUGAGCUUGAUUGUACUGCUGAGAAACUAGUGGUCGACGGAAGAGCAAUUCACAUCCCUCACCCACCACCACCUCCCCCACCCCUAGCCUGCAUUAUUCAUGUCAUGGAUUUGUCUGUAUGUUAUUAGUAUGUCAUAUUGUAUCAUUGAAAAAUGCUGAGUUAAAGUGCAUUAGGGCAAUCUGUGCAUUAGUCAAAUCUGACAGAGAAAAAGUCAAACAUUUUGUGUGAAUGGUAUAAUAGUAUUAUCAGAGAUAGUUAAUAGCCUUUAAAGCCAUUUAAUAUAUCAAGUGGUAUGUUUGAAAUGUAUUAAUUUAUGAAAUGAUUUUUGUUGUUCUUCCUUUAAACAGUAUAUUUAAGAAAAUAAUGAAAAGGGGAGGUAGCUGGAUGACCUAACCAAUUAAAAAGCCACAUAAAACAGUC